AUGUUGGCUUUGUUUCUGUAUUUGACCCCUCUUUCCAAACAUCCAGCGGUGACGCCCCAUCCCUCCCUCCAUCCAUCCAUCUCAUGUGUCUGUGUUUCCUGCUCUUGCACAAUCCUCUUGUUUUCUUCUCCGUGGCUCUUGCUCAGAUGCAUGAAGGUGAAAUCACUGAUUGGAAUUCUUUGCAAUAAAAACUCUUUCAAGGAAACAUUGCAAUCGUGCAAAUUAAGUGCUGCAGGUAUGGCAGAGAAUCAACCGACAGGAGACGCAGGGGAGUACACCAGCACUGUGACUGGCGGCACUAAACCUCUGCAUCGUUUCCUCAGAGGAGAACCCAAGAGUAUUGGAAUUGUGCUGGUGUUUAUAGGCAUAUGUCUCUGCAUGUUUGGAAUUACUAUGAAAACAGAUCGGAUCACUUCAGCCAACUCGUACAGCCCCUUCUGGCUUGGGAUUCUGUUCACCAUCUGUGGCCUUCUGUUUAUACUGUCUGAGCGCAACCCAACCAAAAAGAUUAUUACAGCUAGCUUUGCGAUGAGUAUAGUCACCACCAUUGGACUGAUGAGCGCUUGCAUAGAUUUUGUAUGGGCUAUAGUGGACAUCCAGCACCAGAUCUGGUAUGAAAAGGAUAAUCGCACAGAGGAGAAGCAACAUUAUUACAUGCCCUUGUGUAUAAUGGAGCAAGUGUUUCUCGCCCACAGCCUGAUAGGAGGUGUUCUGCUUGUAACUAUGAUGAUCUUCGCCAGAGCGGCGUUACGCUCCAGCAGAACACAGGUCAAUAAUCUCACAUAUCAUCUGCCAUUCCACUCACCUCCAUGAAUCCAGCAAAACCUC